AAUUAUUCUUAACUUCUCAGAACCUCAAUCCAAGAAAAUCCUCAAUCCGAAUUACCACAAAGAUCAUAAAUUUCCCCUAAAAAUGGAUUUAGAUUACAACCCAAGCCGUAAAUCCCUAAUUAAGAACAAAUGGGUAGCCACGGUAGCCAGUAUAUGGAUCCAGUGCACCAGUGGUUCCCUCUACACCUUCAGCAUCUAUUCCCCAGUCUUAAAAUCCAGCCAAGGCUACGAUCAAUCCACACUCAACACAAUUUCUGUUUUCAAAGAUUUGGGGGCAAACACCGGCAUCCUUUCCGGUCUCCUCUACUCCACCACCGUUCGCGGUGGCCGUAGGGGGCCGUGGGUGGUGCUGUUGGCCGGCGCCGCUCAGUGUUUUCUAGGGUACUUUCUUAUGUGGUUGACUGUUACUCAAGUGCUCCCACGGCCGCCGGUGGCGGUGAUGUGCUUGUAUAUGCUCCUGGCGGCGCACGCCAUGACGUUUUUUAACACGGCGAAUGUGGUCACCGGCGUGCAUAAUUUUCAGAACUACGCCGGCACUAUUGUCGGCAUCAUGAAGGGCUUUCUUGGUUUGGGUGGAGCUAUAUUGAUUCUAGUGUACCAAACAAUUUUCAAGGACAAGCCUAGUUCAUAUCUACUGAUGCUGGCGUUUUUGCCCACAAUAAGUUCUCUUCUGUUCAUGGGGUUUGUAAGAAUUUACAAAUCAAACGAAGAAAACGAGAAACGAUACUUGAACAGUUUCUCUUUUCUUGCUGUUCUUCUAGCGUCUUAUCUUACAGCCGUAAUAAUCGUGGACAAUAUUCUCAAGUUAAGAUUGUCAAUACGCGUCUUCACCUUUGUUGUACUCGUCUUGUUGCUAGUCUCCCCAGUUUUUGUUGCAAUUGACGCCCAGAGAGAGAAAUCGUAUAGGAUGAUAAAAUCCCUGCUCGAGCAUAACCAAGUCACUGAUGACAGAGAGGAUAUGACACAGAUCAGACAAAAUGAGGUCUCAAAUGGUGCUGAUCAAGGUACAGAAACAAGUGAUGAUACUCUGAGACGGGGAGACGACCUGAAUCUUCUGCAAGCAACAUGCACUAUCAGUUUCUGGUUUUUAUUCAUUACAACUGCUUGUGGCAUGGGCUCAGGACUCGCCACAGUGAAUAAUUUGGCACAAAUAGGAGGAUCUCUUGGUUACACUAACUUAGAGAUUGAUACUUUGGUUUCUUUAUGGAGCAUCUGGAAUUUUCUUGGUCGAUUUGGAGCUGGUUAUAUUUCGGAUUACUUCUUGCACGCGAAAGGAUGGCCGAGGCCAUUGUUCAUUGCAAUUACCCUUGCUGCUAUGAGCAUGGGUUAUGUUAUGGUUGCUUUUGGUUUUCCGGGUGCUCUAUAUGCCGGCUCGGUUUUGGUGGGUGUUUGUUAUGGUUCACAGUGGUCACUAAUGCCAACAAUCGCUUCUGAAAUAUUUGGUAAAGUGCAUAUGGGAACAAUAUUCAACACCAUAACCAUUGCCGGUCCUGUUGGAUCUUAUGUUCUUUCUGUCAGGAUAAUUGGUUACUUCUACGACAGAGAAGCAUCGGAUAAUGGAAAAACGUGCAUUGGAAAUCACUGUUUCAAGUUAUCAUUUAUUAUUAUGGCAUCUGUUACCUUCUUGGGAUCUCUCUUUGCCUUAGCAUUGUUCUUCCGAACAAGAAACUUCUACAAACAUGUCAUACUCAGAAGGCUUUUAUAUUCUCAGCGAUGGAGUGGUCUCUUGGAGGAUACUGAAUGAGAUUCCACUUCAUCUAUUAACUGCUUUUGUGAUAUAAUGUUUGUACAGCCCUGGAUAUGGAAAAAUUUUCAGGAAGAUUGGUAAAAUGCUGGUAUAUAUUUGUAGAAUAUGCGGUUACCACAGAUUAAGGCACAGCUUACUCGAAGAAGUUACUUUCCGAUGGGAGGAAAACACUGUAUAAACCGUUCAAGCUGCCUUGUCGAAGUCACAUAACAGCCAUCUAAGCGUAUGGGAUAGUGUGUCCAUCAGCUGGGGUGCACAGAAACAAGGAUAAAGAUAAAUCACCGGUGCAGAAGAUACGAUGAAAAUAUCUUGGCUGAACCCAGGAUUGUGAGUUUUUUACAAUCUCUCCAUGUUAGUAGUUUGGCCGAAAAAUUUUACUAUUUUUCCAUGAUUGUUUAUAAACAGUUAAGAUUAGGACACUAGCCGAUAUUUGGUAAUGUGCAUUCGUAUAUUGUCAAGUCUCGUCUAGUAUUGUAUAUUUAACGUGCCAAACGGGAGCGGGGUCUUCAUAUUUUGAUCUUAAUUAGAUUGCACGAGUAUCUAUAAUGGGACGUACCAUUAGGAGUGUCGGAGUUGGUGUCGUCUCUUAUGAGGUAUUUGGUCGUUUAGAGCACUUGUCAAGCUUGGACGAGUUAAGACCAAUAUAUGUAUCGUAAGUUUUCUAUACGAACGUAUAUGUUUAGUGUGCUAGACAUAUAAUAGAUUUCGGUGUUUAUAUUUCAUUUUAA